AUGCGAACAUCUGUCCACCAUAGCAGCCGACCACUGUCCGCUCCUGAAUAUAUCGAUGCAGAAGAGCGGUCGAGACGGUCCGAAACAAAGAUCCAUGCAUUCCAUCCAAUAUACACCAGCCACGGUGCCCUUUCCCGUGUCGUCUUUCAGAACAUGAAACCGUUGACAGCGCACCAGACUGAGUCCGAACCAGCUCUC